CGUUGUUAUUGAGGAAUGCUCUAGAAUCCAAUGUUUUUCCUUUUUAUCAGAAAGAUAACAAGAUUGUUGUCUUCCCACUAUUUGAUAAAAUUUGCAUACCCCAGAGGGAGCUUCUCACAGUGUAGGAGUGUAAUGUUUGAAGUCUGGGGUGAGGGGUCUAUUUGACAAAGAUGAACACCAUUCAAGUUGCUGCAAGCCAGCCUGGGAUUUAUGUCAAAAACAUAUCUCACUUGCACCAUUUUCUUUCUAAACCAUGUGUAUUAUCAAUGGAUGCCAAACCUCUCUCUUGGACUUCCUUGAGCCUUAGAUCAGAACCUUCAUCUGGCUUGCAAAAUAUGCCUAGUUUAAAAUCUCGGCAACCUUUACAUGUUUGUUUAGCCGGUGGACAAGGAAUGAUGGAAAAUAAUGAGGAUUCCCAGUGGAAAUCUCUUGAGAAAGCUAUGGAACAAUUUAAGGGAAAGUCAAUAGAGGACAUGUUACGACAGCAAAUUCAAAAGGGAGAGUACUAUGACAAUGGGGGAAGUGGGGCCAAGCCACCAGGAGGACAAGGUGGAGGUGGCGGUGGAUCAGGGGAUGGAGGCUUUGCUGGGAUGUCGGAUGAGACUCUCCAAGUCAUUUUAGCAACAAUUGGCUUUAUAUUUCUGUAUAUUUAUGUCAUCAAUGGCGUGGAACUUGCAAAGCUAGCAAGGGACUUCAUCAAGUACAAGCUUGGUGGAAAUCAGAGUGUUAGAUUAAAGCGUGCCAUGUACAAAUGGACACGAUUUUACAAGAAUAUGACAGAGAAGAAGGAAGUUGACAAGAAUGAGUUGGAGAAUGCCCCAAACAACACCAAUUACUAUAGAGAUGUCCUUAGGAACUACAUGAAAUCAAAUUCAAAUGAAUAAUUUUUCUUUACUUUUAUAAGUUUUCAAUUGCUCCCUUAUGGUUAAUGGAGCUAGGAUUGCUGUUACAAUAAAUUAAUAUAAACUAUGAUGAUUUUUUUUUCUUUUGGAUUUAAGGAGCACAUUCAGUAUCAA